AUGAGUGCAUCAUCACCAACAAAUUCUGUGGCAUCCUCAUCGGGGUCGUCUUCUCGCACGCCAAGCCUUUCGGAAGAGGAGGACCAUGAAGAAAUGAUGAGCAUGUAUGGAAAACGAUCAUCAUUGAGAGGAAAUACUCAACAACAACAACAACAGUACUAUGACGAUGGAACACGAUGUAGCCAUUGUGGAGCUUCUUUGGAAUUUGUUGAUUCCGAUGGUAUUUAUGGCGAUUGUUGUACGGAAUGUGGAACAAGUAUUUCAUCAUCAGCCGGUUUUCAAACUAGCUCUAUUUUUAGAGAAGAGAUUGAGUUUGAUAAGGAUGAUUCGACGAAACUUGGUCGUCAUGUUUCUAAUGACGAAGGUUUGAUCGGUGCAUAUAUUUUUGCCACAGCAGAAGAUCCUAAUUCUGUCAUUCAGGGAUUGAGUUCUAAAGCUCAAGCUCGAUUGCAAAGACAAAUAUCGGCCAAGCACAAGGCCGAAACACGAGCACAAAAACUUUUAGCUGCUCUUAAUGUUCCACAACGAUAUUUACCAGAGGUGAUGGAUCUAGUUUGUAAAAUGGCUGAACGACCGAGUGAUGAGUCACGAAAAAAGACUAGUAGGAAAAUACACAGCAAUGAUAUUGCGGAAGACACAACAGACAACACUUCCAUGAUUUAUAAUUUAAAUACAGGUGAAUAUGUAAUAGAUCAUGACGAGGAUGAAACCGAGAUUGAUUUUGACGAAGAGGCUGUCUCACCAUCCAAAGACUGCAAGAUUGAGUCUAGUGAAGGAAACAGUCCUGAAAGAAUUUUCGAUAUACCAGAUUAUUCUAAUACUAACGCGCCACCCUCUAUUGAAGACCAACGUGAACACAAUAUGGCUCUUCUCAAAGAAAAGUUUAAAACAACUCUCUACUCUAACAAGACAUCCAAUUCUCAACAAGCUAAGGAACCAGAAGUUGACUCAACAUCGACAAAAUUAUUACGAUAUACACGAACAAAGUGGAUCGAUGGAAUAAUUUGUGGAUCGAUAUAUGUUGUUUGUCGACGUGCUAAAUUACCACUCACUCUUUUAGAUCUUUCAGAGGUCACUGGAUACAGUAUUUUUGAGCUGGGAAAGAAAUACAAAGCAAUUUGUCAUAAUUUUGGAAUUCAAGUCGACCCCCUUGAUCUAGAGGUGCUGUGUGACAGAAUGACGAAUGAGUUUGAAGAUUGUUUUUUAGAUGCAAACAGCAAUGUAGAUAUGAAAAAGAAAACAGAUGUCAACAUGAGAAUGAGACGAAUCAUACGAGUAGCCAUCAAAGAAUGUCUGGAUACAGGACGUCGGCCAGUGGCUCUUGUUGGAGCUGCGCUGAUAAUGGCCAUGCAAUCAUGUUCUAUCAAACUAACUUGCCGAGAAGUUGCAGAAUAUACGCACACAGGAGAAAACACGAUACGAGAAAGAUAUAAGGAAUUGAAGCAGUUAUUACUUAAUCUCUCAAACGAAUUACCAUUUCAUCAUGAAAUUUGUGCCAAAGAUGUGUCAUUCAAUCGAUAUUUAAGCUUUAUUUUGGAACAUGUAGAAGCUCUUAGAGAUUUACAUCGAACGAAAACAGAACUGGACCCCGAUUCUCCAACACGUCUUUCAGAUAUAUCAUCAACCUCUGCAUCCACUGUAAAAUCUGAAGACACUUCCUCUCAGAUGAUACCUCAGGAAGUUCUCAAAUCUAGUCUGCAACGACUUGAAACAAUGACAAAAGGAAAACUAUCUAAAGAAAUUGCAUUAAUUAAUUCGCAACUUUCAGAGUCAUUACCUCCCUCAUUCAUUCAAUCUCAGCUGUGUAAAGAAAAGAGAAGAGGAGCUGUGCAGCUUGCCAAACAACGAAUACAGCAGUCGAUGAUGAAUAAUUUAACUAAACACGAGGAUGAGAAAAAACCCUUAACGACGUCAUCACAGCCAGUGUCUGCGGAAGUUUUAGAAAUGGAAAAAUUACUUCUUGAGGGUGUUCCUGAAGAGGCUCUUAUUUCAGGACAAAGACAUCAAAGCUCAAUACCGUAUUAUAUGGGAAGGGAAGGUGUAAAUACAGGUGAAGAAUUAACAGACAUGGACAUAUCACAACAAGAGUUAAAUUCCAUGAUUAGAAGUAAGGAAGAGGUUGAAAUAAUGAUGGCUAUUCGAACAGAGCUUGGUGAUGAUGUAGAUGCUGAACUAUCUAUUAAGCAAGCACAAAAGAAGAGAAAAAAGGAGGAAGAGGAGUCAGCUACCAUCUCUUCCAAGUUAAUGCAUCAACCCUCCAAGAAAAAUAAAAAGUAG